AGAUAUCCAAGUGUAACAACUUGACAGACUAAAAAAACAUCAAAAAUAAAUAAAAAAAAUUUAUGAUAAAAGUGUUAAACGCCAUUUGGUGAUGUUGAUGUAAUCUGAAAUAAAAAAGAAAUUUUUAAAUAAUGUUUUCAUCAGUAAAACUGUCACUGACAUCAAAAUUAAUUUCGAAUAUUAAAUUAAAAUUGAAUCCAAUGAAUAUAAUUAAAAUGAACAGCUCAUCAAUGUCACCUGACACAAUGAAGGAAAAUAAAAUAAAUGUAAAUGGAAUUGAUAUUAAUUACAUCAAAACAGGAUCAGGCAGUCAUCCAGUUUUGCUGCUUCCUGGUGCACUUGGCUCAUCAUUGACAGACUUCAAGCCACAAUUACAAGGCCUAGAUAAAAAAAAUUUAACAAUAAUUGCUUGGGAUCCACCUGGUUAUGGCAAAUCAAUACCACCAAGUAGAAAAUUUGGUGAUGAUUUUUUUUAUAAAGAUGCUAUUAAUGCAAAUGAUUUAAUGAAAAAACUUGGAUAUAAUAAUUAUUCACUGGUUGGAUGGAGUGAUGGUGGAAUAACUGGAUUAAUAAUUGCUGCUAGUAAUCGAAAUUCUAUUAAAAAAUUGGUAGUAUUUGGUGCCAACUCGUAUAUUUUACCUCAAGAAGUCAAAAUUUAUGAAAGCAUAAGAAAUAUUAAUUCAUGGUCAGAAAGAAUGAAGGCACCAAUGAUAGCCAUGUAUGGAGAAGAUUAUUUUAGAAAAACUUGGUCAUUGUGGGUUGAUGCUAUGAUUAAUAUAUAUAAAAAAAAUAAUGGUGAUAUUUGUCGUAAUUUGAUCAAUAAAAUUACUUGUCCUACGCUAAUUGUUCAUGGCAAUAAAGACGUCAUGGUUGAUCCAGAACAUCCGGUUUACCUACACAACUGCAUUUCCAAUUCAAAGCUGAAAUAUUUUGAAAAAGGAGCUCAUAAUCUUCAUUUAAAAUAUCACGAAGAAUUUAAUCAACUUGUUACAAAUUUUUUACUUGAAAAUUAAUUUUUCUUUUUAUUAUUAACAAUGGUUAUUGUUAUUUAUAUUUUGAAUAUUUUAUUGACUUUUAAAUUGUUAUUAUAAUUGAAAUUUUCAAUUAUUUUAUUCCAUUUUUUAAUGAAUUUUUUUAUACAUUGCAUUUAAAAAACUAAAAAAAUUAAAUUAAUUUAAUUUUCAUUUUGUUAUUUGAACUAGUUUUUUAUUUAUUUAAUUGAGUUCAUUCAAUUUUUUUUUUUUGCAUUGUGGGUUGAUGUUUACAGCUAAUAUUGAAGUAUAAGAAAAAAGAUAUUUUAAUCUUUGUUGAAAUUUAAUUACAAAAAUUAGCUAGUAAUAAUUGUCAAUUGAAAAUUUUAAUUUAACACAAAGAUGUCAUGGUUAAUGGAGAAAAUGUUGAUCUGUUGAUCUAAAAUUCUUCUGUUGAAUAAUUUAAAUUAGCAAUUGAAUUUAUUAUAAAUAAAGAAUAACAAAAUAAUUUUUUAAAUUCAUACAAUAUUAUGUUAAAUAAAUAUUUAAAAUAUAUAUUUUUGUCUGUCAUCGAAAUCAUCCUAUUGUUUGGUAAUGAAAAAAAAUUUAAAACUAAAAAUAAAUGUAUAUUUUUAAUAAUUCACGAGGUGUGAUCAAUGAAUGACGUGGCUUGUAUGAAGAGGCUGUAUGUGGGUGAGAUGAAUAACGCAAAAUAAUAAACAUCUAUAUAUUUAAACAAAAAAAAAUUUUUGUAAAUAAUUCAAUAGGUGUGUCAUACUAUCAUUAAUUAAAAAAAAAAAAUUAUUAAAAAUUUUUUUAACAGUCAAAAAAUUUAUUUAAAAUUACAAAAUUUUAUCAUUUAAUUGAGCAACUUUUUCCAUAUUAAAAAUUAUUGUUUAACAAUUAAAAAAAAAAUAUUAAAUUUUGUUUUUUUAACACUAAAUAUAUGUAUUUUAAAAUUACUAUUUGAUUAUUUUUUUUUUUUUCGAAAAGAUGUUUCAGUUCAACAAAUUUCUACAUAGUAAAAAAAUUUUUUUUCGAAUUAAUUAUAAAUUUUUUUCUUUAUAAUUUAGCUAUUAUAUUUAUUGUAAAAUUAUUAUUUUAAAAUAGCAACAACUUGAAUGUAAUAUAGAAUAAAAAAAUUAAAAAAUUUUCAACUUUAAAAAUUAGUGGUGCUCACAUAUCGUGAAGAGUUCUAUGUGCAUGACCGGCUUGGAAGCGCCUCGUUGCAUUUUAGCUGGGUAAAGUUGAGGAUAGUAGUCACGCCCUUCCGUCUUUUUUUUUU